UGUAUGGGCAAAAUGUCGCUGAUCUUGGUUGUCAAGCUAUUUUCUCAUCGCAAUGUGCCGUUCUGGCGCAUAGUAUGUAUGAAAAAUUUCAGUUUGGCGUGUGCGUUGCAUUUUAUUUUAGACAAGACUUGACGGCUAUUUAAAAAACUCCAUGGCUUUCUAUUGGAUAGCGAUACAUCGUUGGUUCGGAUUUUCGUAAACAUCGUAUACGAAACAAGACUUAUUUACAGUCUAAUGGGAGUAAAAUAAAUGUUUAUAAGAACUUAUUAACAGAGCCUUACCUUAAAAAAGAAGUAGUUAAUUUUGUUUUUGAGCAAGCAAGCGCUAAUACUUUAGAACCAUGGAAGAGAAGGCGGAUAGUGAUCAAAGUUUCAGUGAAGAGAGUAGCAGUAGUUCAUCAGAUAGUUCUAGCGAAAGUUCUGAGAGUGAUGAGGAGAUUAUGGAGCAAGUUCGCAUACUAGGUCAUACAUUGGAACUUCCUCAAGACCUCUGUGAAGAUCCUAACUUAUUUAAAGAGUUCUUCUCUAUGAAAACCUGGGACAGUUUGGCUGAAAAACACAAAGAUCAGCUUAAAGAGUUAUUGCCAAAAUUUGAAGAAAAUGAUGAAGAGGAGAAGCAAGCAACCCUGAAAAUGCUUUUUAAUCAUGAACCCUUUCAUUUUACAUCUCCUUUAACUUGUUUCUUUAAGAAUUUAAGGCAAGGUAAUUAUAGGCCUGAUAUUGCACGGAUGAGAAAGUUUCUGACAAAAGCUAGAGCAAAACAACAGAGGCAUAAGAUAAAGUCAUUUUAUGCAAAGUUGUUGCCUGAAGUUCUCAUAUCCAGAGAACGAUUAUUGGCAGUGGCAAAGUCAUCUCCGCCAGGUCAAAUUCCACCUAUACCAUUACUUCCACCUAAGCCAUCAUCAAAAAACAACUACAAACCAUUGUAUGUACGAGCAAGACAUAGAUACUUUGAGGAGUUAACAGCUAUAUGGAGUGAAGUUGGCUGUCAAGGGUCAGACGAUGAAAACUAUCCAGAAGGCCCACCUGAACAUUUCUCAAAGAGGAGGAAACGAAAUAAUGCAGUCCAAACACAGAGUGGUGAUUCCAAUGUAUCUGGUACAUUGGGUAGUGGGGAACUGGUCCUUCCAUCUUUAGCAUGUUUAAAAAAUGUUUUGUCUACACAUAGAGCAAGGCGACAACAUAGGGAGACUCAUCCAGAACUCAAUACCACAGGUAUAACAUUAGAAGAUAUUAAACAAAGAGUGUCUUUAAUGAAUGGAGCAAAAAAACUAAUGUUUGGUGGGCCUAAAGCAGAAAUACCAAUACAAAAAGUUAGAAAAGGCAUAAAAAGGGAGCAGCAUAGGGGUAAAGAUUUUAAACAACCCCAAAAAAGAACAAAAGAUGAUGAAAACAGUGAAAAUAAACUUCUACCACAUAUAAAGAUAAAGUGUGAGCAAGAGGAGUCAGAUUCAGAAAGUUGCUUCUUUGAACAAACAAGCCCAAGACAUAAGAAAGUUAUUGACCAUGCCGAUAUAAAGCAAGAAGUUGAUAGUGAGAACCAAAACUCAAGAUUUGAUAUUCUUGAGAAAAGUAUUAAAAAGGAGCCUCAAGAUUCACAAAGCAAUUCAAAGAUGAAUCAGCCUGUACCUAUUAAGUUGGAAGAUUUGGAUGGCAUAGUUAAUUCUUCUAUAGACAUGAUGGCGCUCCCAGUAGAGCUGGCCGACGACUCUAUGGAUUCUCCAAAGAGUCCAGACGAAGCCCUGACAGAGACCACGCAUGCGAACUUUCUGUCCUUGGUCCGGGCAUUGUUCCCCGCUAAGUCGGCUCAUCGGGCCUCUAAAAGGGAGUUGCAGGCUCGGUGUUCUGCAGUUAUGAGAUCGCCCAUUGCUCCGCUUAAUACUUGGUAUAAUUUAUCAGAUGACUGGUGUGCCGAGUUAAAUUCAGCGCUGGAUUUCUUAGCCGGAGAGCGGGGACCACAUCCAGAUGACUUCGUGCCAUAUCUCCAGUUCAUACCAGAUACUCAAACAUAUCAAUGGAUAGGGGCGGGUCGCGAUUGUGAUGCGAUUCUCAAUCGAUUGUGUGAGAGAUGGAUGCGAGCCGCCACGCCUACUCCUCAGCAACCAGAUGCGCCGCCUCCACCCAGGUACCCAACAAACUGGAUUAUGCGUCAGCCUACGAAUACGGAAAUAGCCGAGUUUAGAUCUCAAGAACGACGAAGAUUUGCGUCUGCAUCUAAACCGUUUACAUAUCUACAAUAUGGAUAUAAGUCAGUAGUGGGUCCGGCGAGUGGCGUACGUGCGAGCGCCGGUGGGGCGUGUACGUCCCUGGUGACGCCUCAACGACCUCGCGCUGCGGGAUUUUUGGCUCUUCUGAGGGACGCAUUAGCCAGACUGCCUAAUGGAGAGGGUACACGGCGGGACUUACUAAUGAUGCUUAAAAUGUCCCAAUGGAUCAUUCCAUGUACCGAUCAAGCGCUAUCGUCAGCUAUUUCGACGGCGUUGGACAGACUCGUUGCAAUAAAAAGAGAUCCUAUAGUUAAAUACGAUCAGAGGGCCGCUAUUUGGACGUACUUGCAUAGAAAUAGAACUGAAGAAGAUUGGUUGAAAUGCAGCAAUACUCGGAAUCGGGCGAUUAAGUCAAUUGCGACUGAUCCUUCGCCAAAAACGCAAGUCAAUGUUAAUCAUAUGGAAGUCGAAGUAGGAAGCAGCGAUGAUAUACAACUAGAUGGUUCAGAUACUGAUGUGGAUGUAGAUGAUAGUGGCUCUUCAGCCAAUCUCUGUCAAUUAUCCUCAGCACAACUACUCAUGCAAGCUACACAGGCCCAGACGAAACCCAAAACGCCCUCACCUAAAGUUAAACCAAGUCCUAAACCAAAAAUAAUCAAACAAAUAUCACCAAAAGCACUCAAAAUAAAUCAGAUUAAACAAAAGAGUAUUUUAGCGCAAAAGUUGAAAAAUACAAAACUUAUCAAGCCAAAUCCUAAAUCGCCGAAGCCGAUUCAAUCACCUAAAAGUUUAACUUCCCCUAAAACUAUAGCGUCCCCUAGGCCAGGCGUUCCGUCAACUAAACCCAGUGCCGCGUCCCCUAAACCGAGUGUUGCGUCUCCCAAACCUAGCGUCGCCUCUCCUAAACCUAGUGUGGCCUCCCCUAAACCGAGUGUUGCAUCUCCUAAACCUAGUGUUUCCUCGCCUAAGCCAAUACAAAAGCCGCAAAGUAAAAGCAUGUUAUCAAAUGAGAUGAAUGCAGCACGGACGCCUAUUGUCAAACAAAAGUCUUUAUCCAAAAUAGAGACUUCACAGAUUAUGACCUCUACUUCGAAUCUGCCGUCUUCUAUUGCCGUGCCGACAUUAAUACAGUCAAAUGUAACGACGUCUAUACAACAGAAUACUAUUAUUCAGAAUACAAAGGCCCAAGUGACCCGUUCGUUGCUUAUUAGGCCACCAGUGGUGCACACCACGGCAACUGUGACUGCGGUCACUGUAUGCACACCUUCCAGUCAGGUGGUUUCGAGUGCGCGUCGCGGCGUUGUCCGAGUACUGAGUCCGGCCACAGCUGCGGGGAAGUCCCUCAUAUCACCACGAGCUCUUAUGCAGCAACCAGCGACUACAACAGCAAAGAAGCGACCUUCGUUGCCUUCGACGGCUGUAGCAACGACCGUACAGAGUACAACAGUCACCAAUGUUGUUAGUAGUGUGACUACUCCUGUGACGUCGUCAAUCACGACUCGUACUGUCCAAUUACCAGGAGGUCGGACUGUCCAAUUGUCAAACCAAACUGUCCAGUUAGCAGGCGGACAAGCUGUUCAAUUAUCUGGCCACACCCUCCAACUUUCAUCCCUUCAAUUACCAACUCAUAGUGUCCGUUUACCAAGCGGUCAAACUGUCCAGUUAGCUUCCCCACAAACAGUUCAAGCAAUACGAGCGGUGAACCAAAAGAAUCAAAAUCCUCGCGCCCAAACGCCAACCGUCCGGCCGACAGUCCAAAUACCGGUGUCUUCUGUACAAUUAGCGGGACAAACGGUGCAAAUAGGCGGGCAGACUGUCCAAUUGGGCCAAAGCGUACAGUUAACCGGACACACGGUUAAGCUCCCGAGUGGGCAGAGUGUACAAGUUGCUAGUCAAAAUGUGCUUCCAACCCAAAGUGUCCAAUUACCAAGCGGACAAACGGUACAGUUGGGUGGAAAUGUCCAGUCAAUGUUGAGCGGUCAAAACGUUCAAUUGUCCAAUCAAUUAUCGACACAAUUGGGGGGCCAGACAGUACAAUUAGGCAAUCAAAUACAGUUGAGCGGACAAACAGUUCAGUUGCCCAGUGGUCAAACGUUACAACUGAGUGGUCAAACGGUCCAACUGUCCAGUGGCCAAACAUUACAGUUGGCCAGUGGGCAAACGCUACAGUUGAACCAAACGCCCAAAUCCAUAGCUCAAGUGAGGACCCAAGCUACGGGAGACAAACCGACGCAGCCAAUAGUGGCUAAACUAUUAACCAAUGCACAGGGCCAAAUGAUAUCCUUAGAGGGAGUCAUGAAUCGGAACAUGGGCGGGGUGGUGGGAGUGGGAAGUGGGCGUGGUCGGGGCGUGAGAGUAUUAUCUCCUACGACACGUCUCACAAGACCAGUUUUGUUGACCUCCGGGAAGCCGUUGCAUAAUAUUAUUUUACAGAGUGACGGUAACGCAAUACGGGUUCCUGUCAGUAGCGGUGCGGCAACGUCGCAGACAAUUGUUAUUAGUAAUAUAGGUGCCCAAUCUGCAAAUACAACAACGACUACUGCUCCAGUUCUGAAAUUGCAGCAGGUGAAUCCAUUACAACAAGUUAAACUAGCGCAAGGAAUAAAAAUUCAACAGGGUGCGGUACCAAACACAGUGGCGACAUCCAGCGGGAUUCGAAGCGUUCUAAUGGAUGGACAGCAUCUGAAACUGGUUGGCGGGAGACAUGUUUUGGCGAGACUUUUGAGACCUGCGAACCCGCAGCAGUGAUAGUCCUUUAGUUAUUGAGUGUCCCAAAAAAAUUGAUGCGUCAAAAUUAAGAAUCCAAUAGGAUAAAAACAAAAGCUAUCGUUUUUAGAAACAAAAGACAAUCGCUGUCUAAAUGGAUAGGAACAAUUCAAGUGUUUAGUCUUUGUUACAGGUUUCAAUUAUGCCUGGUUCCCCUAUGACGUCAUUGAGGAAAAUAAAUUCUGUUUAUCUGGAUUUGUAUUUUAGUUGUUCAAGUAGUGGUUUACAUAAGAAAUUUAAGAAGGAUUUUUGAUGUUCAAUUGUGCAUAACAGUUAAUAUGGAGUCGUUUCUACAUAUGUCUGGUGGUUUAGUUGUCGAAGCAGUGAUUUAAUAUUAUUCUGAACUGAUGAACUUAAAAAUUCAUUGGUUGAUUUAAAUUAGACUGAAUCUUAUGCGUAAGAAGUUUUUUUGUAGAUUUUAUUAUGAUAUUCACUGACCUGUAGUAGACCUAUAUUAAUUAACGCCUCUUUUGUCUCAUUUAUUUAUAUUCAAAAAGCCUUAAGUGCAACCAGGAUAGAACAUACAAUGGGUGUUUGAUAGUGUAUCUUGUGUUUUCAGGCUGAUGUUCUUAUUGAUAUGCACAAAGCUAAAUUGAAAUGUUUUGUCUCUUUUUUAUAUUCAAUAAGCCAAAAGAGUGACAAGGACAAAACAAUGGCUAUUCGACUAUGAACCUCCUGAUUGUAUAUACUUGUAAAUAUUGUAUUAAUUAACUUAGAUUUGAUAGUAUUAUUCCAAAACUACUUAGUCUAAAAUUUUAUAUUGAGAAAUGUCAAAAUUUGUAAACAAUAUCGGAACUAAAUACUAGCAACUAAAAACUAAGUACUAGCAAUAUACAUAAAAACUUCGUACGAAUUAAUAGGCAACAGAACCGGUACUCUGUAAAUUACAAUUGCGAUAUCGAUUUUUCUUCGGAAUAUCGAUUUGCGUCUUGGCGUUUAAAGUACGAGAAUUUUUUUGUUUAACGGAUAUCGAACUCGGGACCGAAUCGUGACAUUAUCAUGAAAGAUUGUAACGGGAUAUUUUUUUUUAAAAUUAUUUCCAAUAAAAAAGAACAUUGCGAUCUCAGGGUAUCAUAUGUAUGACGUCAAUCAAACAGAGCUGUCCUUUUCUAAAACUACCUGAAUGAAAGAGACAACUAUCGGGACUGAUUCGUGAGUUGACAAAAUAAUUACUGAAAUCUUUUACGAUACAAAUGUAGUAGUGUUUUAACUUUCUCAUGGCCAAAUUGAAAUUUCAAAGAUAUUUCGUGGUUCGGAUAAUUUUUCACCUCUUUCGAUAAAUAGUAUUGCUUGCUAGUGGAACUGUUAUUUAUCGUCAGUUGUUUUGUAGAGAUACCCAUAUCACUGUACACUUCAUUGUUUUAGAAAAGCCAAAUUACUAAUAUUAGUUAGUAGAAAAUGUAACUGUUAGUAGGUGCUAUAUAAUUACGAGAAUGAACUGAGACCUAUUAGUAUCAAUAUACACUUUACCAUAGAAACUACAUUUUUAUUAAAAUUAGUUUUGUUCGAGUGUGGUCAUGUCUGCAGCAAAAGAUUGGUCAAAUAUGAUUUUUUUUUAUUGGCGCAAUGUUUAACUUUAUGUCUUAAUAUAGUAACGAAAUAAUUCUUUUGCGAUUCGAAAUUUGAAUUCCUACUAGCCGAACAAAGAUGCCGGCACCGCACUCGCGAGUCCUCUGGGCAUUUGAAGUGUCUAUGGGCAGCGGUAUCACUUAACAUCAGAGUCUUCUACCCGUUUGUCCCCUGUUCCAUAAAAAAAAAGAUUACGAUUCAUUUAUUUCUGCAUUAUUAACGCUCAGGUCAUUCUCUAAAUUAAUAUAAAACAAGCAAUAAGUAAUGUUUUCAUAACUUUUUACAUUUCAUGAACGUUAGGAAAUAAUAUAGGAAUGUCUUUUGUAAUUCUGUGAUAGAUUAAACAAAAUAUAGUAUAAGUGACAGCCCCGAUGACGUUUGUGAGUUUUCCAAUUUUAUUGUUUAUGGCGAAAAUGAAAGAUUUUGUAAUACCAGCAGUGGUACUCUGUAACUGCCAAUUUGCAGAUCCCGACUUCAUCUUAAGCAUUAUGUUUAAGUUAGAAGAAGGGAAUAAAGGAAGUAUUUGUUUUCUUCCAACUAACAAUUUUUUUUAGACGAAAUGACUGGACUGCUUCUUCUUUCGAACUCACAACUUAGCUCUACGGCUAAAGAAUGUAAAAGUGUAUAAAAGCCAGAAAAUGUCAAAAAGUCCAGUUUAUUCCCUUCUUCCUCAUCAUGAUCACUAUCGUUGUUGCAAGCAACAGAGUACCCGUGCUGUACUUGAUAUUGAAUAGGCCAUUACCCUUUAUUACAUUUAGUUAUGUUAAAUACAUUUUUUAUGCGUAAGAGCAUGUAAUACUCUUGUCUAUCUCUUGAAUUAAUAUAUCUAUUGAAAUGUAUUACUAAAUAAAAACUUCUCUACUUUAAUUUUU